GGUGGUUGUGGUGCUCAAGCACUUUCAAGUCGCUACCCUAAGUCAAUGGUAAUGCUCUUGUUUUGGUGGAUGUGUGUAUACUAUUCUUCUCGGGGAUCAGUCAUAUUAUAAGACCCAACUAAGUUGAGAUUUUUUUAUAUACACUUUGAAGAAAAAAGUAAUCGGAAUUGCAAAUUCAAAGCACUCAAUAUCCGUUCAUGUUAUGGAGAUGAAAUUGUUACACCAACACCUAUAUCUCAACUUCAGUAUAGUAGUCUUAUUACGCAGCCUUAUUCUCAUCAUCUCGUGCAUGUCCGUUUCUGUUAAUUGCCUAAUUGUCAUCAAUCGUGCCAAAUCAAAUGACCGGCUGGCGCUAGUUGCAUUUAAGAACGGAAUAACUGAAGAUCCACUCGGAGCACUGAGUUCGUGGAACAACAACAAUGAUUCUCUUCAUUUUUGCAAGUGGAAAGGAGUUACAUGCAGUCAUCGUCAUCCUAAUAGAGUCACUAGAUUAGACCUUGAAUCCAAAAGUUUGGCAGGUUCCAUAUCUCCUCACAUAGGAAACCUUAGCUUUCUUACUGAUCUCAUCCUUAGCAACAACAGUUUGAACAAAGAUAUCCCACAACAAAUUGGUCGUCUUUUUCGGUUAAAACACUUGAAUCUUUCGCGUAAUAUCUUGGAUGGAGAAAUUCCGAGCAAUAUUUCUCGUUGCUCCAAUCGCAUACACCUAGAUAUUUCUCAGAACAAUCUUGUGGGUAGCAUUCCAGAUGAACUAGGGUACUUGUCUAAUGUCAAAGUGUUGUGGCUCCAGCAUAAUAAUUUUUCUGGAGAGAUUCCGACUUCAUUGGGUAACAUUUCAACAUCUCUUACUCAUCUUGGUCUUGGUUAUAAUAAUUUGGAUAGAAUAAUUCCAAACACUCUAAGCCAACUAACAAGAUUAAAAUUUCUUGAUAUUACUUCCAACAAGUUGUCAGGUAUUGUCCCUUCUUCACUCUACAAUAUCUCAUCACUUGAAGUUUUUUCAUUGAUGUUCAAUCAACUCCAUGGGACUAUUCCUUUUGAUAUUGGUCUCACCCUGCCAAAUAUAACCUCUUUCUCAGUUUCAGGAAACAGUUUCACUGGAAUCAUUUGCCAAUUCAUCCAGCCUUAAGGUUUUACAGUUGUAU